UUUGGGGUUGUACGGAAUGUUGCCGGUGGACUAGGAACUCCCGCCAUUUUUCAACCAGGACUUCAUCCUCUUGUUUGUUUUCAUACCUUUUCAGAAGCCCACCAAUACUUCUCUCUGUGCGCAUAGCAGAGGCCGUAGAUCCAAGACCAAGCACUUGCCUAACGGGGGAAGCCGAGUCAACAAAGACGGCACUGGAAGAGAAAGCGCGCCAGACCCCCCGACGAGCGCCUCCGCUCUCGCUGCUACUUGGAGAAUUCGCUGCUACAGUUUAGCCAGCUUACUACGCUGGAAGAGUCCAUCCCCGAAGUUCCUACGAUAUAGCACGUAUGAGCCGAGUUGGCUAAACUCUUAACAGUGGAUCGUAUCAAAAACUAGUUGGCUUGCUAGCUGACUGGGUAAGCGAACGUUACCGAGGACUAUGACACCACCUCCGGCUCCUCGAUCCACUGGAACAGGGAGGCGAUGUGACUAACCUUGUGUUAUGUUUUGCACCGAGGAUCAAGCAAGCUAGCUUGUGGCUACACGUUGAACGCUCUGGAAACGUGGGAAAUGCUUUGUAGUAUGAGCUGCUGGAGCACAUGUUAAGGCAAUUUCUCUAUUUUUGUGGAGUUUUUAUUGAAUAGGAGGUCUAUUUAUUAAGUCGUCAUCGCCUGCGUCUCGCUCUCACGAUGGCACCAUUGCUGGGCCGGAAACCCUACCCGCUGGUUAAGCCGCUAGCCGAGCCGCCAGGCCCAGGAGAAGAAGUCUACAUCAUCGAGCACACCAAAGAGGCCUUCAGGAACAAAGAAGAGUACGAAGCACGCCUGCAGAGGUACAGUGAGCGCAUCUGGACAUGCAAGAGCACAGGCAGCAACCAGCUCACGCACAAGGAGGCCUGGGAGGAGGAGCAGGAAGUCACCGAGCUGCUCCAGGAGGAGUACCCCUUUUGGUUUGAGAAACCAGUCCUGGAGAUGGUCCAUCACAACACUAUAUCUCUGGAUAAGUUAGUUGACCAGGCCUGGGUGGAGAUCCUCACCAAGUAUGCCGUGGACGAGGAGUGCGAUUUCCUGGUGGGGAAGGACAAGAGUCUCAGAGUUAAGGUGGUGAAGGUGCACCCAUUGGAGAGGCCUGAGGAGGAGCCUACGGAGAAGAAGCUGGAGGGGGCGUGCGACUCGCCCUCGAGUGACAAAGAGAAUGCUGCACAGGAGAACCAGAAGAAGGAGCCACCGCCCAAGGAAGAGGAGAGCAGGAGGGACAGUCUCUGUGACCGGGCACGUCGCUCACCCAGAAAGCUUCCCACUAGCCUGAAGGAGGAGAAGAAGAAAUGGGUGAUGCCAAAGUUCUUACCGCACAAAUAUGAUGUCAAACUGAUCAACGACGAAAAGGUCAUCAGCAACGUCCCUGCAGAUAGCCUCUUCCGUACAGAGCGUCCACCCAACAAAGAGAUAAUGCGCUAUUUCAUCAGACACAAUGCCUUACGGCUGGGUACAGGGGAGAGUGCCCCCUGGGUGGUGGAGGAUGAACUUGUGAAGAAGUACAAUCUACCCAGCAAAUUCAGUGACUUCCUGCUGGAUCCACACAAGUACAUGGCUGACAAUCCCUCCACCAAACGCAAGAGCCUGAGCUCACCAGAAGGAAAGCCCUCCAAAAAGCUGAAGACCGCUGAGGGGGCCGCGGAGGGGGAUGCGCUGAAUAAGAAAGGGGAGAAGAAGAAGCAGAAGAAGAGUCCUCUCAAUAUGCCGCUCAGUCCCACCAUCUGGGGCCAGAUGCAGGUGAAGAAGGUGAACGGUACCCCUCUGAAAGUGAAGAACGCCGGGACGCCGAAGGCCACGAAGGCUGAAGGAGAGGGGGACGGCAGUGCAGUUCUGGGGACGCCUGGUUUGCAGAAAAGUGCCAAGGCUAGCAAGAAACAAGGCGACAAGAAGCAGAAUGAAGCCAAAAAGAACAGGAAGAGUGGAGCUAAGAACCUCAAUGGCCAGAAGACCUCCAAGAAGGAUGAGAAGGGGGCUAAAAAGCCUAAGAUGAAGCAGAUGACCCUGCUGGAUAUGGCUAAGAGUGGCUCGCCUGCGACCCCGAAGAAGAGGUCCAGGAGCACGGGCUCCGGGACUCCCAAACUGGGGAAGCCCCUGCCACCUAUGGCUCUCCACCUGCUGCGCUACUACAAGGAGAACAAGGGCAGAGAGGACAAGAAGAACGCCCUGUCCUCUCUCCUCUCCAAGGCGGCCAAGGUCCUGACUGCCGAGGACCGGGGCCGGCUGCCUGAGGAGCUGCGGGACUUGGUGCAGAAGCGCUGGGAGCUCCUGGAGCACAAGAGGCGCUGGGCGGCCAUGAGCGAGGAGGAGAAGCAGGACGUGAUGCGCAAGAAGCGCGAGGAGAUCAAGGAGAAGCUGCGGGAGAGGGCCAAGGAGCGGCGCGAGAAGGAGAUGCUGGUCCGCCGCGAGCAGCAGCGCCGCUUCGAGGACCAGGAGCUGGAGGGCAAGAGCCUGCCCGCCUUCAAGCUGGUGGACAUGCCCGAGGGCCUGCCCAACGCCCUCUUCGGCGACAUCGCCAUGGUGGCCGACUUCCUCAACUGCUACUCCGGCCUGCUGAUGCCCGACGACCAGUACCCCAUCACCGCUGUGGCCCUGAUGGAGGCCCUGGCCGGGGAGAAGGCGGGCUUCCUGUACCUGAACCGGGUGCUGGUGAUCCUGCUGCAGACCCUCCUCCAGGACGAGCUGGCGGAGGGCUACAGCGAGCUGGACAUGCCGCUGUCCGAGAUCCCCCUCACCAUGCACUCCGUCUCGGAGCUGGUGCGCCUCUGCCUGCGGCCCUCGGACGCCCACGGCGAGGAGAGCGGCCAGGGCUCGGAGGGCUGGUCCCUGGGCGGCUACGACGACGCGGUGAGCGGCGAGUUCCUGGAGAAGCUGGAGACGGCGGAGGUGUUCGAGCUGACGCCGGAGGAGAAGGUGCGCCUGCUGGUGACGCUGUGCCACCGCAUCCUCAUGACCUACUCGGUGGAGGACCACGUGGACGCCAUGCAGCACCGCUCGGCCGAGCUGUGGAAGGAGCGCCUGGCCACGCUCAAGGAGGUCAACGACCGCAAGAGGGCCGAGAAGCAGCGCCGCAAGGAGGAGAUGGAGGCCAAGGGCGCCGCGGGGGGGUGGGUCAAGGUGGAGGGCGGGGGCGACGCCCCCCCGGUGUCCUCUGGGAAAAAGAAAGAAGGCAGCGGCAAGAAAGAAGCUGGCAAAGUGAAGGCGGAGCCAGCCCCGGCCGAGUCGGAGCCAGAGGACAUGAUCAGCAGCGUGAAGAGCAGGAGGCUGCAGGCCAUCCAGGCCAAGAAGGAGAAGGAGGAGCAGGAAAGGCAGAACAAGGAGCGCAUGGAGAAGGAGGCGGAGGAGGAGCGAAUACGGAAGCAGAAAGCUUCGGCAGAGCGGGCUUUCCAGGAAGGCAUCACCAAGGCCAAACUCGUCAUGAGGCGAGUCCCUCUGGGAACAGACCGAAACCACAACAGGUACUGGCUGUUCUCUGAUGUUGUGCCAGGCCUGUACAUAGAGAAAGGCUGGGCUCACGAGAGCAUCGACUACAGCUUCACCCUACCCCCUGAAGAGGAGGAGGAGGAGGAGGAAGAGAAGAAGGAAGAGACAGAUGCUGAGGGUGAGGAGGGUGAAAAGGAAGAGGACUGCUCUACAGAGGGAACAUUGGCUGAAGGAGGCCAGCAGGGGGCACUAGCAGCUCCAGAGACCAUUGAGACCACUGUUCCAAAACUGGGACAAAACCUCUGGUGUAUUUGCGACACCCCACGGGAUCUGGAGGAGCUGGUGGAAAGUUUACACCCGCAAGGUGUGCGAGAGAGCGAGCUGAAGAGCCGAUUGCAGUACAGGUACCAGGAUAUCUUGCACUCUGUCCACCUGGCACGCAAGCCCAACCUCGGCCUGAAGACAUGCGACGGCCACCAGGAGCUGCUGAAGUACCUGCGCAGUGACAUCCUAGAGGUGGCCUCACGCCUGCAGAAGGGUGGGCUGGGAUACAUGGAUGACAUAUCAGAGUUUGAGGAAAGGGUACGCUCCCUGGAGAACCUGAAAGAUUUUGGAGAAUGCGUCAUUACCCUCCAGGAGAGCGUGAUCAAGAAGUUCCUGCAGGGCUUCAUGGCCCCCAAGCAGAAGAAGAAGAAGAAAGUGGGAGGGGAGGAGAGCAGCAAGGCGGAAGAGGUGGACGAGGAGCGGAGGCUGGCGGAAGAGGCCAGGGUGGCGACAGCAGUGGAGAAAUGGAAAAGUGCGAUCCGUGAAGCGCAGACUUUCUCCCGCAUGCAUGUGCUCCUGGGAAUGCUGGAUGCCUGCAUCAAGUGGGACAUGUCUGCGGAGAACGCACGCUGCAAGGUGUGCCGCAAGAAGGGGGAAGAUGACAAGCUGAUACUGUGUGAUGAGUGUAAUAAGGCCUUCCACCUGUUCUGCCUGCGGCCGGCGCUCUACUCCAUCCCAGACGGAGAGUGGCUGUGCCCUGCCUGCCAGCCAGCUGUGGCACGCCGCUGCUCUCGAGGAAGGAACUAUAAUGAGGACACAGAUGAAGAGGAAGACUCCGAGGACGAAGAGCAGAGUUCUGAGGAGGAGAUGGAGGAGGAUGAAGAGGAGAGCGAGUUCCUGUGUGUCGGACACAGUUUGAGGCCGAGGAGGGCUGCCAAAGGUAAACAGCUGUCGUCGCGCUCAAAAGCGAGCAGUAAGACGGCCUCCAAGAAGCACUCCCAGCACAGCUCCAGGGGCAGCAGACAGAGGGCCGCUCCCAGCAGCCCGGCCGACAUCGACGAGCUGGUGCGUCAGAGCUCCAGGACCGGGAUGCGCAGACAGGCGCUGGAGCUGGAGAAAUGCGAGGAGAUUCUGCAAAAGCUUGUCAAGUUCCGCUCCAGCUGGCCCUUCAGAGAGCCAGUGUCUCUAGAGGAGGCGGAGGACUACCUGGAAAUCAUAUCCCAGCCGAUGGACUUCCGGACCAUGCUGCGCAAGUUUGCGGACGGCCAGUACCGGCACGCCAACGACUUUGUGGAGGACGUGAAGCUGGUGUUCUCCAACGCGGAAGAGUACAACCAGCCCGGCAGUGCUGUGCUCUCCUGCCUGGCCAAAACUGAGCAGAGCUUCGUGGACCUGCUCCACAAGCUGCUGCCGGGCCUCAGCUACCUCCGGCGCCGCCACCGCAAACGGGCCAGCCAGAACCACAGCAAGGCCGAGGAGGAGAGCGAGGAAGAGGAGCAGGAGGAAGAGGAGGCGGAGGAGCGGCACAAAACGCGGAAUGGCAAGGCGAGUAGGACCAGGAAAGCGGUGGAGGAGGAGGAGGACGACGACGAAGAGGAGGAAGGGAGGGGAAUGAAGACCAGGCGGAGCAGACGCAACGGCUCCUCCCGGCGGAGGUACGGGGAGGAGAGCGGGAGCGAGGAGGACGAGGACAGCGUGCGGAGGAAGAGCAAGCGCGCGGCUGCCGUGUCCAGCCGGAAGGAUUACCGGGAGCAGGAGAGUGACAGCGGGGAGGAGCUGGACAGCAGGAGAACUCGGCAUCGCAGGGGGAGGGGGGCCGAGGCCGAGGGCAGCGACGAGGACAGGCCCGGCCUGCGACAUUCCAAACGGCAAAAACGCUCCGUAUGAGGGCUUUUCAUCCCCUUUUUUCAAAUUCUGCCCUGAUAUCCCAAAUCCAUACCCCCCCAGACUGGACUCUCCAUUGUAUCGUUUUUGUUUUUAUGUUCAUAUGUAAGGGGAGGGGGAUAAAAAAAAAAAAAAACUGAUUUAUAUUUGUAACAUGUUUAUUAUCAGUGAUGUUUUUCAACCAAGAAAUUUACAGAUAUAAGGCAAUUUUUUGAGCUCUUAUAGAAUUUUAUUUGAAAAAUCUUCCCCCCCAAAGUGAUUUCAUAUCACGGUGUUGAAAAUGGACUAAUCUGUAAUUGAGUUGUCUUGCUCCCACCAGCGUUUGAUUUUGAUGACUUUGUUUAGAAGUGUGGAAAGUUAUGGGGAUGAGGAAGGCAAAAUGGGGGGGGAGGGUGAAGGACGAGGGGGUAGCAGGAGAGCAUGGGAAUGGGCUUUAGCAGCUGUGUGGGGAGAGAUCUGGCAGCUGUGAGGUAAACUGUGGCACUCUUUACUUUAUCUGCCAUGUGAAACUGGAGUUGGCGUCUCUUGGAUCCAGCAGUGAUGGGUCCCAUGUGAAGGCAUGGCAUGCACACCCGUGGCUCACGGCUGCUCUGUGCGCACUGUGGGGGUGGGGGGGGGGUGGGGCGUCUCUGCUCCCCCCGUUCACACACAGGGAUCACCCCCCAAAUCUGCCGUCAGUGUUCUGGGGAAUGAACGCACAGCCCAACUGGCGGCCUCAAACGCGCUGCUCUUUGAGAUUUCUUUUCAUGUGCACAUGCAUGUCUCUGUUUAUCAGCACUAUAGAAUCUGCAGUGUUUCAACAAUAAAAAAAAAAAGAAUUAAAAAUGCCAAGCCCAGUUUUUCUCAACAAAAAUUUUAAAAUCUGACCUGUCUGUCUUAGGUGCAUUAGUCACUGUGGAAUGAAGUGUACUUCUGAAACAGUGGCCAUCUCUGGAUCAAGAUGUCAACUUAAUUUAACGCUAGUUUUUUGCCAGUAAAUCCAAAUUAAGAUAAAACCCCUGUCAGCAGCGAUGAAUAUUAUGUCGAGUUCUGGUGUACCCAUUUUGGAUCUAGAAGUGGCUGUGUAAUCUGUGUUGUAUAUUUUGUUUUUUGUACAUUUAUAGAAACCAUGGGUCCACAUAUUCUAAUGCAACUUCCUUUGGAGGGUUAACAGAGCAGUAUUAGAAGGGUAAAAGCCAUGCUCAAUUCUGAGCAGCAGCCUCUGUACAGCGAGAUUUUUUUUUUUUACCUUAUUUAUUUUGAAGGUAAUGGCUAAAGCUUUGCAGUGGACAAACUGGAUGGAAAUGUUUUUGUAUAAAGCAGCAUAAUAUCAGACGUGAAUAGCACUAGGAUGAAGAUCCAUUUUUUGUUUUCUUGUUUUUGUCCCACAUCUUUGCACAUUUAAGCUGAACUUUGUUUCAAUGCAGGGUAUGAAGCUUGGAACGGGAUUUUAUACUGACAAGAAAGUGGAGGUAAAUGGUUAAUAUUUGUUAGUUACCAUUAUGUUGAUUGGGCAAUGGGUGUAAAUGUUUUGAGGCCCAGGAGCCCACAUCACCACUUUCUGCCUGUUGCCUCCUUUUGGAAGAUUGGAGAGGUGUUUUUUUUUUAACAUUAAAUCAUGUGGUCAAAAUCGAUAAAGCCAAUGUUGCUGACCCUUUGCUCUUUCAAGUACAAAACAAUAAACAUGGAAUAUAAUUUUCAAUGGUUAUGGUCUAUUAAAAAGACUGCAUGCCUGUUGCAAUGGAAAAGUGCUUACUUUUUUUCUUUUUUUUACGUAUUUAUAAAUAUGGCUGUGCUGGAAACUUGUGCUUAAUACAUCACCUGUCUGUUUUAGUACUGUGCUUUUAAAGUUGAUUUAACCUGUGCAACCUGGCAUCUCUAUAUGCUAUCUGCUCUUAAUACCUGCAGUACAUUGUUCACCAGCAGGUGUCGCUCUAGUUCUUUUAACAGCCUUGAGGCAAAAGCCAUGAGUGGAGACGGCUGGGUGCAUUUGUCUCCACGUGGGAGGGGUCCUCUUCACUCAUGGUCUCCUUUUGCCCUUUACCGUCUCGCAGUGACCACAAGCAGGGGCAAGACUGGGUGGGAGGAACAAGCGCCCCUUUCUUUGGUGUUACACCGCCGUAAACAUGGCUCAGAUUGGCAGUCUAAAUUUGUGAAUUGGUGGCGCCAUUUUCUCCCCUGGGAUGUUUGUUUGCAGUGAAUGCCUUGAAUGCAAAGAGCUCUUUUGUUAAUACAGAAAAGUGGAGUGUGUUUUACAGGGGGCCGUAUUGGUUUCCUCAGCGCGAUGGGAUGUGUGUGUGUGUCUCCUGUCCUGUCCUGCCCUGCAUUGUAUAGAGCAUAUUAGAAGACAUGUUGGUGAGGCUGGUCCUGGAACAGGGAUACUGGAAUCACCAACCCUCUCCUCCCCAGUGGUUGUGUGUGUAUAUACACUGUAUCUGAAGAGCUCUUCCUAUAGUGGUCAUGCUUUUCUGUCCUUUUCGAUGGCGGCAUUGUGAAUUUUUUUUUUUUUUUCCUUUCCUUUCCUAAAAUUCAAUUGAGAAUCUUAAUUCUUGCAAGGGACUGAGAAUUGCUACUUGCAGCUGGAUCCAAACUAGCGAACAGUGGAAUUAAAAGGCUCCUGAUGUCUGCCCCACCCAUUUAUAGACCAGAUCUCAGUAUUGUAAAUGCUUUCUUUCUUUGUUUAUGAAGACUAAAGGUCUCUGCCAGCUCUCUUUUUUUAGAGGUUCAAAACGGGUAGGGAUGGACAUUGGU